CACAGCAGCUGCUGGCUCCUGAGAGAGAGGGCUAGUUAUUUCUGUAGCGUGAUGGAGGGGGCUGAGGUGUUUCAACAGUGCUGGGAGAUGACAGCUAUUUUGUGGGCAAUCGCAUACUGGAAAACUCAGGAUUAACAAUUCAGAAAGAAGCUACGUGGGAGAAGCCUGACCAGUUGAACAUGGAAGGGGCUCUGAUAGCCCGGGAUCGAGUCGGGGUUCAAGAUUUUGUCCUCCUGGAUUCCCACACGAGUGAAUCUGCCUUCUUAGACAACCUUCGCAAGCGAUACCGGGAGAACCUUAUCUAUACAUACAUUGGCACUCUCCUGGUGUCUGUGAAUCCAUACAAAGAACUGGACAUCUACACUGUUAAGCAGAUGGAGCAAUAUAAAGGAGUUAACUUCUUUGAACUGCCUCCACACAUUUACGCCAUAGCUGACAAUGCCUACCGGGUCAUGUGCACCGAGUACAACAACCACUUCAUCCUGAUCUCUGGGGAGAGUGGGGCUGGGAAGACAGAAGCCUCCAAGAAGAUCCUUCAGUAUUUUGCAGUGACCUGUCCCACCACAGAGCAGCUGCAGAUUGUCCGGGACCGCCUGCUGCUCUCCAAUCCUGUUCUGGAGGCUUUCGGAAAUGCAAAGACUUUGCGGAAUGACAACUCAAGCAGGUUUGGAAAGUACAUGGACAUCCAGUUUGAUUUUAAGGGAGCUCCUGUUGGUGGGCACAUCCUCAGCUACCUGAUAGAGAAGUCCCGCGUCGUCCACCAAAAUCCAGGGGAACGGAACUUCCACAUCUUCUACCAGUUGCUAGAAGGCGGGGAGGAGGGUUUGCUCCGUGAGCUUGGCCUGGAACGCAACCCUCAGAAGUACAUGUAUCUAGUACAGGGGCGCUGUGCCAAAGUGUCUUCCAUGAACGACAAGAGCGACUGGAGGACGGUGCACAAGGCUUUCACGGUCAUUGACUUCACAGCGAGAGACACUGAGAACCUCUUUGGAAUAAUUGCAAGUGUCUUGCACCUGGGGAACAUCCAGUUUGAAGAGGACAGCAAUGGCCAUGCUAUCAUCACCACUGGCAUCCAGAUCAAGUGGAUCUCAAAGCUUUUGGGGGUCCACCUAUCCAUUCUGCAAGAAGCCCUAACUCACCGAAAAAUCGAAGCCCGCUUUGAAGAGGUUUUAAGCCCAUUGGAUGUCGACCUGGCUUUUUAUGCUCGAGAUGCUGUAGCGAAGGCUAUAUAUGGGCGGACAUUUACUUGGCUGGUCAACAAAAUCAAUGGCUCUUUAGCAAACAAGGAUCUCACCAGGAAAACUGUGAUUGGGCUGCUUGAUAUUUAUGGCUUUGAAGUCUUUGAAACAAACAGUUUCGAGCAGUUCUGUAUCAACUAUUGCAAUGAGAAGCUCCAGCAGCUGCUGAUAGAAAUGACCCUGAAGGCUGAGCAAGAGGAGUAUGAACUGGAGGGCAUUGAGUGGGAACCAGUCCCGUAUUUCAACAACAAGAUCAUCUGUGACCUUGUGGAAGAGAAACACAAAGGCAUCAUUUCCAUACUGGAUGAAGAAUGCUUGCGGCCUGGAGAAGCGACGGACCUGAGCUUCCUGGAAAAGUUGGAGGACAAAGUGGGGAACCAUGCCCACUUCCUGACCCGGAAGCUUGCAGAUCAGAAGAUUCGGAAAUCUCUUGACUGGAUGGACUUUCGCCUUCUCCACUAUGCCGGGGAGGUGACCUAUUGCACAGUAGGAUUUUUGGAAAAAAAUAACGAUUUGCUGUACCGGAACCUUAAAGAGGUGCUGUGUAGGUCCAAAAAUGGCAUCCUGAAAGAAUGUUUUCACCUGUCAGAGCUGGACAACCGGAGAAGGCCUGAGACGGUUGCAACUCAGUUCAAAACCAGCCUGGUCAGUUUGAUAGACAUCCUCAUGUCGAAGGAGCCAUCCUACAUUAGAUGCAUUAAACCCAAUGAUGACAAAGAGGGUGACAAAUUUGAUGACUCCUUGAUCAGGCACCAGGUGAAGUACUUGGGGCUGAUGGAGCACCUGAGGGUGAGGCGAGCCGGCUUCGCUUACCGCCGGAAGUACGAGCACUUUCUGCAAAGGUACAAGUCCUUGUGUCCAGACACCUGGCCUCACUGGCGAGGGACAGCUGCCAAAGGGGUCGAGAAGCUCAUAAAGCAUAUUGGCUACCAGCCCGAAGACUACAAAAUGGGAAGGACCAAAAUAUUCAUCCGUUUCCCAAGAACUUUGUUUGCCACGGAAGAUGCCUUUGAAUACAGAAAACAUCUGUUAAUUUCCAGAAUACAAGCCAAAUACAAAGGAUGCUUAGGGAAGCGAGAGUUCCAAAGGAGGAAAAAAGCAGCUAUUAAUCUGGAAGCCUACUGGAGAGGCGUCCUGGCACGCAAACUGGCCAAGAAGAGGAUGUGGGCAGCACAGACAAUCCGGAAGUACAUCAAAGGCUUCAUCCACCGGAAACAACCCAUGAACCCUGAGAACAUAGACUUUGUGAGGUUUGUGCAGUACACCUACCUCAUGAAACUGAGAGAUCACAUUCCAAAGAACGUCUUGGACAAAAGCUGGCUCAGUCCUCCAGAGAUCAUGGAACCGACAUCCGAGCUCCUGAAGAAGAUCUGCGCAAGAAACCUUGUUCGGAAAUACUGCCGUGGCAUUACAGCAGAGAAGAAAGCACAGAUGGAGCAAAAAGUGGUUGCUAGUGGCAUCUUCUGCGGCAAGAAGGCUGGCUAUGCCGAAAGCCUGAAGGAACCGUUUGUGGACACCAGGUUAAGCGAAAGCGAGUUAAGCCCCAAAGUCAUGCAGAUGAUCCGUCACGAGAAGGUAAAGUAUGUUACACCAGUGGUGAAGUAUGACCGGAAUGGCUUCAAACCCAGAGAGCGGCUGCUUGUUCUGACACGUGUGGCAGCUUAUGUGGUGGAGACAGCCAAGAUCAAGCAGAAGUUUGAGUACGCAACCCUCAAAGGGAUUUCUGCCAGCAGCCUGAGUGAUCAUAUCUUAGUCAUGCACAUCCCAGAAGACAGCAAACAGGAAAAGGGAGAUGCCAUUCUGCAGUGUGAGCACUUUUUUGAGACCGUCACAAAGCUAUGCAUGCUUGCCAACAAGCAGGAUGCGGUCACAGUGGUCCAGGGAAGCCUCCAGUUCCAAAUCAGUCCAGGGAAAGAAGGGACUAUGGUUUUCACCACUGGGCAGGAGUUUCAGAUCUACAAAGCCAAAAAUGGACAAUUGACAGUGGUAUCUCCCAAAAUAAUGUCCUGAUGGAAUCACGAGUUCAACUUUUGCCUGUUCACUGCAUCGGCUGAAAAAGAAAAUAGCCCAAACCACCCCAACCUCUAUGAAGAAGCAUCAUCAUUUGUGUGUCUACCAGUAUUCUGAUGCUUAUGAAGAGUGUUCUGAUGCCAUAGGACUGUUGCAGUUGAGGUCCAUCUGCAUUACAUCUUUCCUUUUUUUUUAAAAAAAGCAAAUACCACAAAAAAGCACAAACUAUUCAGUUCUUAAUACUAGAUCCUAUUACUGCCCAUAUAAAUAAUCCACCCAACAACUGGCUGUAGUUUUUCCUGAUAACUUGGAUUAGAUGCGAGUUGACUGUGACCGUCAAGUCUAGUUCUUAACAGGUUCAAGCCUUUUUCAAAAGGGAAAGUCUCAGAACAGAAUUGCACUUUAGAAGUGGAAGGAUGCCAACCACGGUUUCUGAACAGGACUGUGACAUUGCAGAGAGUGUAAAACUCAUAGUUCUACAGUCAGGGAGAAAUCUCCUUCCCUUCCAUGAAUAUUCUGGGAAAUCUCAUAGAAGCCAGCAAGCAACCUGCCCCUGAGGGUUUGGGAACUGCCAUCCUCAGUUUUCUCUGGCACUGUUGUCAAGGUGGAAGUUGAGAUUCCCACAGUUUGGGCUCACUCAUGCCCACUCGAGGGAGAAAGGAUCCUCUGUCCAAAUUGUGCCUCUACAUUCCUUUCUGUACUAGUGACAUGUGAUUAUACUCUUAAAUGGUUAUGAGAAUUAAAAAGAUAAAACUGGCUUAAAAUGAGCUCACAUAAUUUGAAAAA